AUGUUGGUACUCAACUGCUCCACAAAGCUGCAGAAACUGGAGCACCUGUUAAAGAAGAAUUUCCCGGAAUCCCUAAAGGUAUAUGGAGCAGUGCUGAAUAUCAACCGAGGAAAUCCCUUCAGGAAGGAAGUGGUGGUGGACUCAUGGCCAGAAUUUAAAGCUGUCAUUACUCGUCGGCAGAGAGAGGCUGAAAGUGAUGAUCUAGACUCUUUUACCAAUGCUUACGCCGUUUUCUACAAGGAUUUGCAAGCGUAUUGGGCGUUGCUGGGGAACCCAGAAACAAUAAACUGGGAGCAAGUAUUCCAGAUACAGGGCCUACAGGAUGGGUUAUUUGACGUUUCCAAAGCCGUUGCUGGUCCCAAGCUGGUGGCUGUGAAGCAGUCGUCUUUCCAAAUGGUUAUCCACCCAGAUCCGGAUGCACUCCCAGAGGUUAACCUUAAGCUAAAUCCUCCACCAAGACUGGCUUCUCUUGACGUGUCACACGCCAGCCUCCUGAACGAGACCUGGUCCCGUGGAGGCAGUGAACAGUGCCGGAAGUAUCUAGCCAGCCUUAUUUGCUGCUUCCCUAGUGUCUGUGUCCUGGAUGAAAAUGGAAGUCCCGUAUCCUGGGGCCUGACAGACCAAUUUGCUACUAUGAUUCACGGUUACACCCUGCCUGACCAUCGUAGGAAAGGGUACAACCGCCUCAUUGCAACAAUGCUAGCUAAGAAGUUACACAGUAGAGGUUUCCCAGCUCAGGGAAAUGUUCUGGAGGACAAUCUACCAUCAGUAACGCUGCUGAAAAGCAUGAAUGCCCAGUUCCUGCCCUGCCGGUUUGUGAGAUUGAUCCACACACCUUACCGGUUUUUAACGGCACCUCAUUUGCAGCUUAGUGAAUUUUGCGGCUGA